AUGGAGGUCCUACCGGAGAACUAUAACCUAGAAGUCCCUAAAACUAUCUGGAGAAUAAGAAAGGACGGAUUCAAAAAAGUUGCUCUACAGCUUCCUGAAGGUUUAACAAUGUUUGCAACUGCUCUUUGUGAUAUCAUAGAAAGUUUUACCGACGCUGAAACCCUGAUCAUGUCUGAUGUAACCUACGGAGCAUGCUGUGUUGAUGAUUUCUCUGCCAGGAACAUUAAUUAUUCUAAACUAAAAAAUGUUUUAGUUCCUGUUGAUCAGACUUCAACCAUCAAGAUGCUUUAUAUAUUUGUGGAUAUAAAGAUGGAUACUCUUCACUUUACACAGACAGUUAAACAAAAUAUUGACAAGGAGAAAAGUAUAAGCUUAGUGAGCACUAUUCAGUUUGUUGCCACUCUCCAGGCUGUAGCAAAACAACUCAGGGAUGAUGGAUAUACCGUAUUUGUUCCUCAAGUGAAACCUCUAUCCCCCGGGGAAAUAUUAGGUUGUACUUCACCUAAGAUGGAAACCUCGUGUCUUAUUUAUCUUGGAGAUGGUCGCUUUCAUUUAGGAGAGCAGUUAUCCCUUGGCUGCGAUUUUCUAAUUCACUAUGGACACAGUUGUUUAGUUCCUGUUGAUCAGACUUCAACCAUCAAGAUGCUUUAUAUAUUUGUGGAUAUUAAGAUGGAUACUCUUCACUUUACACAGACAGUUAAACAAAAUAUUGACAAGGAGAAAAGUAUAAGCUUAGUGAGCACUAUUCAGUUUGUUGCCACUCUCCAGGCUGUAGCAAAACAACUCAGGGAUGAUGGAUAUACCGUAUUUGUUCCCCAAGUGAAACCUCUAUCCCCCGGGGAAAUAUUAGUGAGGAAGGGCAUGAUCAUCAAUAUAUUUAGUGAGGAAGGAUAUGAUCAUGAAUAUGUUAGUGAGGAAGGAUGUUUAGUGAGGAAGGGUAUGAUCAUGAAUAUGUUUAGUGAGGAAGGAUAUGAUCAUGAGUUGAUGAAGAGGAAUAGACUGAAUGCAAUCAAUCAAGCAAGAAAUUCAAAAACGUGGGGAAUUAUUCUAGGUACUCUUGGAAGACAAGGGAAUCCUAAUAUUUUAUAUCAUCUAAAGGCCAAGUGUGAGAAGGCUGGGAAGGAAGUUGUAACUAUUCUUCUAUCAGAAAUAUUUCCACAGAAGCUGAGUUUAAUGCCGGAAGUAGGGGCCUGGAUUCAGAUAGCCUGUCCCCGGCUGUCGAUAGACUGGGGUCUAGCGUUUAAAUCUCCAAUAUUAUCUCCUUAUGAGGCUGCAGUAGCUCUUGAAGAGAUACCCUGGCAGAUAGAGGUUUAUCCGAUGGAUUUCUACGCCAACGAAAGUCUGGGACCCUGGACACCAAACCAUAAACCUGUCAUUGAUAUUCUCAACCCUAAACCUCAGGAGAAAGUGUGUUGCGGAAAUAAAGAUUGCGACAAAAAGAAAUAUUAGAAAUGUUAUUUUAUGAAUUAUUAUCUAUUUUUUAUAUACAUAACAAAAUUCCUUUCUACUUUCAGAA